ACCUCAUUAAUAUUUUUGCGAAAUAAUCUGCCUGACUGAAAUUUUGAUGUAGCCCGUCGUCUUCAGAUAUUUAAGUUCUUCUGGAUUCUGGAUGACAUCUCAAACAAGAUAUUUGUUUACUAUCCUCAGAUCUAUGCAAGUGUUGCAAUUGCCAGUCACCCUGCAUCAUUGUCCUGAUCAUAGAAAGUUGCAGCAAUUACACAUGAAUUUACCUAACUUUUUACAUGUCCGCAUCAUUUACUUAAUUUAAUGUGGCCUGGUGUUUACAAUGUUUGAACGGUUCAGUUAAACAUACAUUGUCCUAGAUAUUUUCUGCUCUUCUUGAGUUAGCUAUUAUCAUCAAUCGCUUGCAGAUAUAUCAUGACUGUGUGGAUAAUCUCUAUGUUGUUAUCACUAUGCUUAUUAGUGAUUAGAUUCCCUGGGUGUUCCUUUCUUGUUCACAAGUCAAUGCAUCCAUAUUCAUCUCAUCUGUCCACAGAGAACAAGUCCUCAGUAUCACUAUUAUUUUGCAAAAUAAUCUGCGGCUAUCUGACUGAGAUUUCGAUGUAUCUCGUUGUCUUCAUACUUUAAUCAUAUUCAGAUAUUUAACUUCUUCUGGAUGACAUAUCUGAAACAAGAUAUUUGUUUACUGCCCUCAGAUCUAUGCAAGUGCUGCAAUUGCCGGUCACCCUGCAUCACUGUCCUGAUGUAAAGCCAUAGAAAGUUGGGCAGCAACUACACAUGAAUUUAUCCAUCUUUUACUGUCUUUUAUACUGCUCCUUUUUAUGCAACCGAGAAGGCUAACGUCUACCUUUGCAGCAACCCUUGGCAUCUCAAAAGCUUGUAGAAUAUUCUGAUGGCCGGCUAUCUUUGCAGUAAGUUUGAAGGCCUAUCAUCAGUUUGUUCUCUUGCUGUGGUAUUUGAAGUGCUGCUGCUGCUGCUACAUGCUUUUCUGCAGCUUUCGUCUGGUAAAUCGACCAACCAACAUACCAAGAAACGCUCCUUUCAGGCAUGCUCAAUAACCAAGUAUAAUGCAACCACUGAACUGGAAUGAUUAUGAUGUUUCUUCUAUAAUUGUAUGGAGUGUGUGUUUGGAGGUGCAAUGAUUAAGAUGUCCCCUAAUCCUGCCAUCCAUGUCUGUUUCGGUGGUUGAGCGUGCAUUCAGAGUUUGGUGCAAGCUGGGGUAAGAUUUGCUAAUCUUCUUUGAUUAGAAAUGUGUCGACAUGUGUGUUGCCCAUUAAUCUUUGGCUCCAUAAUUUUGUCUCUAAGCAGCUGCUAGUUUUGUUCUAGAUGAAGCAAACUUACUGCCUAUGGCGCGUCAUGCUGGGUGAAGUUGCCGUUUGAACGCUUUUAGUGCUAACUUUAAUCUGAAACUGGCUAUUCCAACUGGGUGGAUGUCAUUAUCUUGCUGAACAGAAAGUGGUAGGCGCAUGAAGUUCACCACGUUUUAGGUUCUUUAUUAUGGAGUUGAUAUGGACGUCUGAGGCUCCUAGAGAUAUUCCACAUUUCCACUUGAGCCGCCAGGUUCUUGAAUCGGCUGCUAUAUAUAUCAGCUAUCUCUUGCAAAUAGUUCAACUUGCCACUUUGUGGUUGAUCUCUAUGCUGUUAUCACUAUCAUUAGUGAUUAGAUUUUUCCCGAGUGUUCCUUUUUGUUGUUCACAAAUGACACAUGUAUAUCCUGCUCGCCCGUGUACAAACAACAUGAUAAGCGCAAUUGCUUUUACAAAAAAUUACAAAAAGGCUGUGGUAAUUGCUGGGCUUGGUGUAAAUCCAGAAAGUAGCAGUUACAUACAUCUUACAUGUAUUCACCCUCCUAUUAUUUCGUUUUAUGCAGCUGAGAAGGAUGUGCACAUCGGCGGUACAGUCAAGAAAUGCUCUUUUCAUGCCUGGCCCGUACAAGUAUAAUACUUAACUGGCACGCAUGGUUUAGCUGUUUCUUCUAUUGGAUGAAGCUGUGCCGUAAUCUCGCCAUCUAUGUCUGUUUCAGUAGUUGAGCUGCAGCCACACGCAAACAGAGUAGCUUACGCGCCGAAAUGCAUCGACAGGCCCAGCUCCAGCACAUGCUAGCAGCGCGUGAGGCGUGUUGACCAAAUGCACAUGCCAGUGAUCCAAGGUAAAUCUUGCAACUGGUCUGGUACCCACCCUUCAUCUGUGUUCCUGCUUGUCUGAGUUGCCCUCACUACCAUCACACACACAAACAAGAGCUGGAGUGCAGAACAAGGAAUAGAGAGAGAAGGGGAUCGAUGGCGCCGGUGGUGAGCACUUCACUGGGCGCGUUGGGUCCCCUGCUGGUGAAGCUCACCGCUUUUCUCGCCAGUGAGUGCGGCCGUCUGAAAGGGGUCCGCCGUGAGAUCGGGUCCCUCAAAUCCAAGCUUACUAGCCUGCAUGCUGCGGUCUAGAAGUACACCAUGCUAGAUGCUCCAGAUGUCCAAGUGAAGGCAUGUAUAUCGCUGGUGAGAGAGCUGGCCUAUGACAUCGAAGAUUGUGUCGGCAAGUUCAUUCACCAGCUUGGCAGUGGUGGGGGCCAUGGAAGCUUCAAGGACUUCUUUCGCAAGACUGCUCGCCGUCUAAAGACACUUGGGUCUCGGCGUGGAAUCGCCAACCAAAUUAACGAUCUGAAGGCUCGCGUCAAGCAAGUGAAAGAGCUGAAGAGCAGUUACAAGCUGGACGAUAUUGCCUGGUGCACCUCCUCUGACCAUGCAGCCGUGGAUCCUCGGCUGUCUGCUCUUUCUGCAGAGGAAGCACACCGUGUGGGCAUUGACGGUCCAAGAGGCGAUCUUGCCAAGUGGAUGAUGGAAGGAGACAGGUCGACCAAGCGUCAUCGCAGGGUGUUGUCCAUUUUUGGUUUUGGUGGAUUGGGGAAAACAACUCUAGCGCAUGAGGUCUAUCGGAAGAUUCGGGGGCAUUAUCAUUGUCAAGCCUUUGUAUCAGUCUCACAAAAGCCUGAUAAAAAGAGGAUUAUCAAGGAUGUGAUCUAAAGAGUGCCUUUCCCAGAUGAUUCAUAAAAGAGAUGGACAUUUAGGAUGAAAUGACAUCUGUUGCGAAGCUGAGAGAGCUGCUACAAGAUAAGAGGUGACUUAGCUUUUACCAUUCCCUCCGUAAAUGUAACAUGUGUAGUUCCCAUUAUUUCUGGUAUCUUUAGUGCUUCCACUAUUAAUUUCGCACACACUGAAAAAUCAACAAUAUCGCAGCCCUAACAGUACUUACCACAUGGCUUGCAUAAUUGUAGUUAUCACAUGCACCAUACUGAAUUUUUUCGCGUAGUAUAACUAAUUGUACCUAGGAUAUUAUAGCACACCAGUUUUUUCUUUUUGGAAAAGGAUUGUGGCACAUAGGUAGUAGCAAGUUAGCAGAGUCCACAGGUAAACCUUUCUUUCCAAAACCUGGCUAUAAGAUGCUGAAAAAUGUUUUGACAUAAAUCUUCCUGUAGUUCACCAUUUCAGCUUAGUUGCUAUGCUCUUUUGAUCUUUGUGUGAUGAUAAAAUCAACCGAAAAUAAUGUAUUAAACCACUCAAUUUUUGCUGCUAUCCUCACUGAUGAUAAUCUGCGAACAUGUUGUUGUACCGUUUGUCUUGUAAUUUUACAGUAUCCAGAGAUGGAAUAUUUGUAAUAUGUUCUCGGGUAGAUCAGUGCAACCAGACAUGGUUCAGUGCGUGUGCAGAAAUUGGUGUUAGACCAAGUGGAGUAUUUUUUUAUGUCCAGACCACUAUCAUGGUCCAGUCGUCUCCUGGUCUGGUUGGAUAUUACCAUGAGUUGAGUUGGUGCCAUCGACGAGCUUGGUAACCUGACCGGUUUGGAUGAACUCCAUUUCGCUUUGAACAUGCAGGGGAUCUGAUGGGUACAGGACUGAUAGCGAUGAGGCAAUGAGCAUGGGGCUGAUAGCCGAUCGAAUAUGGCGACGUGAACUGCUUUUCUCAAAUUCACAUGUCUUGUUCCCAUUUCAUUUCGUUUUACUAGUGCAGGGGUGAUUGGAUUGUUAGGAUGGAUGAGCCCCGCAGCUACGACUCUUCCUUCCACUUCUUUCUAUAUAGGAGUAAAAAGGAAAGGAUUUAAAUUCAGUUGGAUUGUUUUCCAUUGCUUAAUUUUGGACAAGUGUUUCUGUUGGUUACUUGUACUCUCUGUGUGUGCAAUGCAGAAAGGCUGGUUCGAACCCAGAACUUCUUGCUGAUCUUAACAAAAAAAGAAGCUUGCCAAUUGAGCUAACACAAAAAAACGUGUCUUGGCGAAUGAAGACGAAGGGACAAAGCAUACAAAGAAAAAGCGAUUAAGAAAUGGAUACCCAUCCAGCUUCAGGUUAGCACCACUGGAGGGACGACCGGCGGAGUAGUCAAAGUCAAGGGAGGCACGCCACCGGCCUGCCGGCCGUCGUCGGCGCCAAGCGACACAGCCCCGGCCGCGUUGCCGUCGCUGGUAACAUUUGCCGAUGGCAUCAAAAUGGUGCUGCUCCUGACCUCAACCGCUCGGUUCCUUGAUCGAUCGGAGGAAUUACUUAACCAAUUAAGAACCCAUCUACUAUAUUAAUAAACUAAUUAAGAAUCUGUCUAUAGUCUAUACACAUAUAUGAUGAUGGGAUCGUCAUGUAUAUAUGUUUAUCCGGUAAGAACCAUACAUGCCUGACUUAGUUA